AUGAGAGCAUCAGAACCAACAUCUGUCACAAAUACAGGAGGCUUGGGUUUGACCGAUCACAAACCAAUGCCAAGAGAUAUUAAAAUUAAUCAUCAAUAUCAAAAAGAUGAAGUAGUCAUCUCAAAUACCUUUUUCACAUCAAAUGAUAAAUACUCUCUGUUGGAACAAUGUAAACAUGUGAUUGUUGGAUCUGGUCCAUGUGGUUAUUCAUUCCUUCAUCAUGUCUUGUUGAAUGGUUACAAUGACUUGAAGGUUGGUAUGGUUGACAAGGGUGGUCUAUUCCUUCAAGAUCACUUUCAAACAUUGGAUCCUGUCUAUUCUGGUUUGAUUGGUCCAAGUGAAGUUAUGGACUUUGCUCUUCCAAGAGAAGUCGAUCAAGCUAAAAAAGAAAGAGAAGAACAAGAAGGAAAGAAGAAAGAAGAAGAUGAUCUAGAUGUUCAAGAUGAAGCUACUCAGUUACUAGGUCAAGUUAAUCAAGGUGUUGUUGACCCAUCACAAGUUGUUCCAUUGGACAAGAUCUAUCAACACGGUAAUCUUUACAAUAUCGGUGGUCGUAGUGUAACUUGGACUUGUUGGUGUCCAGAUCCAGAGCUUUGUGCAGAUGAUCCACUCAAGGAUGAACUAAGAGGUUUUGACCCAACACUCUUUAAUGAAAUCAAACAACAUCUUCCAGAAGCCAAGAAACUACUGUGUUGUGAUGAAAAGUCAAAUGUCACUAUUUCAGAUCCAGACCUUCUCAAGUACUCCAAUGAUAUCCUUAAUAUCAUUAAAAAGGAUUUACCAGUCAACACAAACACCCAAUCAAAGUUGUUGAAUGAAAAUGUUGUCUGGCAUACAGCCAAGUUUGCAUCGAUUGCAGCUGUUAGAUCAGAAUCUGCAAGCAACUAUGGCAAGUUUACAACUGUCUCUCCAAUCCUGAAAUUGGCAUCUUCGUUCAAGGAAGAUACUGGUGCCAACUUUUUGUACAUCCUCUCCUAUAAAAUCAUCGGGUUGGUCAAACAAAUGGUAGAGACUAGUUUCAAGGUCAAAGAGUAUAAAAUCAAGUUUACAUCUGAUCAAGUGGUUGCAAGUUUCAAAGGAUUGAUGGAUACUAUUCAACAAGAGAUAAACAUGCUCAAACGAAAUACCAAACUUAAAGAUCUUGUUGGACAAGAUGUAGAUGGUGUAGAGGUAUCGGUUGAAAGAAUAUUAAAGAUGCUAGUUCGUAAAUACUCGACUGUAGAGUAUCAACAAGACCAAUUCAUGUCUCAACUCAAGGAAAUAACACUAAAGUUAAACAAUUAUUCAGUUGAACCUCAAGACCCGACCGAUGAAUCUAAACAAACGUUUGUAAAAGUCAUAAAGUUUUUUGAAUCAUUUGUUCUUGCUCAAAAGGCUCCAACCAACGACCAAGACAAAAAGAUUGAAAGUCUCAUCAUUGACCAUUUACCAAAGAGACAAUUCCUUCUCUAUGCUGGUACUGAAGUUUGUAAGCUUGCACAAAUCGAGAAUAGUAAUAAUAAGUUGUCAGUUUACAUCAAUAAUGACGAACAACCAACCAUCCAGCUUGGAUCAAGCACCAACCUUGUAUUGGCAACUGGACCAUUCCCAGCAUCUAAUUUAUUGUUGAAAUCGUUCAAAGGAAAGAAUGUAGGAUUGGUUGACAAGAUUGGUAAAGAUUUCUCAGCUCAUUUCUGUUCAUCGGUUGUAUUCCGUGUGAAAAAGGAUCAACCUCUAGACAUUUGUCCCAUACCAUUAUCGAUGGGUGUUAUUAGUAGUCCAGAUCUGGUCGACCAACGAACAUGUCCAGCUCUACCUUUGGGUGUAGAAUACAACAAUCUCAAAGAGUAUAUGAAUGCAAUCAAUUCAACAUCACAUUUCAAUGGAAAGGAUUAUGCUGAAGCUAUUUAUAUUUCUGGGUGUGUAAAAGACAAGCAAACUCAAAAGGCAUUGAAUGAAUGGCAUGCUCAACUAUCAGUCAUUUAUCCAGGUGAAAAGGGUAUUCGUACUGAAAACACACUACGUCGUAUCCUACCUGGUGGUCCUGACUCUCUUGCCAACACUUCUGAUCCAGAAUACUAUUAUUUCAAUUUCUCAAUGCUUGGUGAAUUAUUGACUCGUCAUUAUCGUGUUUGGGCUGGACUAGAUGAUGCAAAAGAGGAUAAAGAAAAGGUAGCAAGAUACAAUUAUUUGGAUCAACCUGAAAAGGGAUUACCAAAUACAGUAUUGGAUUUGGAUAUUUGUAAAACUGAUAAUGAAUCAUGGGGUGAGAUGACUGCCAUUCCAUUUUCAUUCAUUUCUCGUUGGUUCCCAAAUACAAUUGUUGGUCUUAGAAACAAGAGUGGUGAAUGGGAAGAACUAGAGACUUGUACCAAAGAGUUUGAAAAGGUAACAGAAGAUAUUCGUACACACAGUUAUGACAAGUUUGCUUCAACUGGAUUUGUUCAUGAGGCUAGUCUUCAUCCAAUUGGAAAGAAAUCAAAUACCACCCUAUCCAACAACAUACCCAAUAUCACUAUCAACAAUGCCUACACAAUCAGUGAUGAAGAGUGUCCAGUUGGUACAGACUAUCAACUCAAAGGUGUACCAAAUGUCUAUCUCACAGGUGCAGGUCUCUUGCCAAAUUGUGGCUCUUGGAAUCCAACAUUAUUCAUCUCUGCAAUGGCUGUUGAUCUUGCUCAUAAAUUAUCAAACAAAAUAAAUCAAAUCAAAUCAAAUUAA